AUGAAGGAGCAGCAGGAGGAGAAAGUGGCUGAUGAGGGGCCCAGUAACAGACAAACUCUUUCUCAUAUUUUUAUGCCAUAUGAAGAUAUCAGCACAUCUGUUCCAGGAUUCCAACCAAGGAUCUCUGACAUCCACACAGUUCUGCAGAACAAAUCCCUCAACAAGCAAUGUGAAAUUGUGGACAAUAUCACCCAACUGCAGAAAACACUGGAAAUCUGCCACCAGCAAAGAGAUGAUCUCCAAGCAAAGAGCACAAACCUCACAAAUAUUAUGAACAUGAAAGGAGAUAAAUGCAGACCUUGCCCAGAGAGUUGGAUUCAGCAUGGAGAGAAGUGUUACCAUUUUUCUAAGGACAUGAAAACAUGGCACAAUAUAAAGAUACAAGAGCCUGGAGAAAAAUGUGCACUUUUCAAAGCUGAGGAAGCCUUCUCCCAUAACUGUACAGGCCAAUAUCGCUGUAUUUGUGAAAAGAGGGCUACUCGGCAAAAGACUACUGAAUUGGCACAAGGAAGAUAA